AUGGGAGCAGCCCGUUCUGCUAAAGGCAAGCAGCAAAAGGUUACCAAGAAGUACAUCAUCAAUGCUUCUCAACCUGCCAACGAUAAGAUCUUCGAUGUCUCCGCUUUCGAGAAGUUCUUGCACGACAAGAUCAAGGUCGAGGGUCGUGUAGGCAACCUUGGCGAAUCCGUCCAAAUCUCCCAAAUUGGCGAUGGCAAGAUCGAGGUUAUCACUCACAUUCCUUUCUCUGGCCGAUAUCUCAAGUACUUGACGAAGAAGUUCCUCAAGAAGCAACAGCUACGUGACUGGCUCCGCGUUGUCUCCGCCUCCAAGGGUGUCUACGAACUCCGAUUCUACAACAUCGUCCAGGAUGAGGCCGAGGAGGAUGACGAGUAA